GCCAUUCCUAGGAAAAGUAUAUGUUGCUCUUAAACCUGUAUAUUUAUAAAUACAUUGGUAGGCCAUGUAUACUAAUUCACCCUCAUACCAUUACUGGAAGCUAGAUCGUCUGUCUCCUCUUCACUACAGAGGAUGUGGUGGAGAGUACAAUUUCCACAUUAAAAAAAGUUAAUUUUGAAUGAAGUUGGGCUCAGACAGUAUGGUCAUGUCUGGGUCUUUUGAUCAGGUAUUGAGGUAAUUAAUUUGUAUUAUAAAACAAAUUUCCAAGGACAGUUACAAAUCAGAUCCACUCAUUUAACCAGAUAUUAUUGAAAUACUAAGACAGUAAUAUACUUGGGAGACAGGAAUCUAUCAAUUCUGAUGCCUUUCUGUUACAGAAAGAACAACAAUUUCAAAAAUACAAUAUUGUAGUGGUUGACAUGCUGAAUUAAUAAUGACAGCAGAGUUAACAGUAUAACACAAGCACUUGAAAUCCAUAUGCAGGAAGGGUCUCAAAGGAUUGCAUAUCUCUUAACCACAAAGCAGGAUGGGAAAUAUGCAAAUGAGUCACCCCAGAGGGCCAAUCACCGCAACCUGCUACAAUAUAAUUGUAGUUCCAUGUUAAUUACCAAGACACAAAUGAAACCAGUUCUCAUUUAUGUUAUUGUUCUGAGAGUUUUGUUUUCCACAGAUGCAAACUAUACUGGAUUCUUAAAGUACCCCAGACACUGACAUAAAAAAAGAAAAUGCACAUUUAGUGCUUUGUAGAUGUGUUUAUUAAGAUUGUGUCUGUUCUGAUCCAUUUUAAAGACAAUCUGAGAGUGAGUUUAAUUGAUCUAACUGUGAAAAUGUUUUCUAAGAAAAGUGAGCCUGCAUCAGUAUAAUACGAGCUGCUCUCAGUGGACUAUGUGACUUCACAAGGUGCCACAUUGUCAAACUGCCAUUUUUACAGUCUAAACACAGUAAAGCCAGCAUCACUAGCGUUAAUUACAUGAAUCAAGGUUCUAUAGCUUAAAAGUAUGAUGACAUUGGUGUGUUAAUGCUGAUAUUUCACUGUCAAAAUUAAUGUGAUAUAACUUCUCAUUUAUUUUAACUGAGUGUUACAACUGCUCCUGAUCAUCCAACCACAAACAGAAUACUGCUAGCAGCAGAAAAAUAUCAAAAGUUACUCAUGUAAGGGAACAACCUUGGUGAGCGUUAGCAGAGUAAAACUUGUUCUGUGGUGUUGCCAUGAGUGGAUUAGAAUCAUGAAACUGAAUUAAACUUGGAACUGUUUUAAUGUGAGACAUAUUUUUUUUUCUAAAAAAAGAGAAACUCAGCUAAUAUUCCCCUUUUGUCAGGUCAGCUUUAGUCGUUACCAUUUGAGAUUUCUCCUGCAUCUGGAGAAGUAAGAUUUCAGAAAAGACAUGGACCCGUCUGCUCGCAUGGUGGGCCUGGAUGCCCAGGGGAACAUGCUCUUCACAGUGGUAAAGCCAGUUAUGGGGAUUUUUCAGGUGUCUUCAGAGCAAGAAAGUGGUGUUUCACAAGGGGACAUGGGCCUACAGGGUUUGUCUGAGAACACAUUAGUGCUCCCUCAGGAACAGAAUCAGGCUCCACUAGAGCAGAACCAGAUGGAAAUGCACAAUGUUCAGCCUCAUAUUCAGCCUCAGAUGCAGGUUUCUGCCCCAGUCCAGACCGAGGAUGUGUCCCAGAAUCAGGAGCUGCCCUCUAACUCAAGCACAAAUUCACAAUCCAUCAGCCACAUGCCAUUUGCAGAGGUGUCGUCCCUCCUGGAUCCCAACAUGAAAGGAUCCAAGGCUCGAAAAUAUCUCAUCUCAUAUGAUGAAAUUAAAAGGCGCCUGCAGGCCCCAGAGAAGAUGUCCCUGCGAUCCUUGGCAGCGUAUACUCGGGUCAGCAGAGGCCCAGCCAGCAAGAAAACACUUCUGGAGUCACUUAAUGUCCUCGGCCUCACGCCAAGCACAACUACCUCUGUAUCCUCUUCGUUCUCUAAACUCACUGAAGGUGACACCAGAGCUCUGUGUGAAGACAUGAAAGACUUUGCACACGAUUACAUCGCCUAUGGCAACAUGGCUAAACAACUCAUCCCUGAAACAAAUACAGUUCAACAUUGGUCCAAAAUUAUUGAAACAAAGAACCACCUUGAGGACAUGAGAAAAUGUUUCAGGGAUCCGGUUAACAGUGGCGCAUUUGACAACGUCACUCACGGCCUCGGUCUUGGAAUGUUGGACGUUGCACUGGACAUGAUCGUCAUGGUGAUUGAACAGCAGAUCCGCAUCCUGUCCGGCGCUGCAGCAUCAGAUCCACCCGAUUCGGGUCCGUCUUCACGUCGCAUCCGCAAGCGUCACCGCAAAAUCCACUUGACUGACAGCGAGAAGCUUCACAAAAUGUCUGAUGGUCUGAAAGAGCACGGGAAGAUCCUUUCGAAAGGAAAGGUCCGAGCCAGAGCCAGGAAAAAAACGAAGCCUGAGACUGGAACUUCUGUCCCAGUAGAGAGUCAAGAAGAGCAGAACAAAGCAGAUGAUGUGGAGAAUAAUGUCCUCACCCUGGUCUCUGUGGGUUAUGAAACUGUUUCUAGUGGUCUCAGCACUGGAGGAACUGUUUGACAUCUGAUCACGUGACCAUUUUAAAGACCUAGUUACAGUAAUAAGAAGGUUUCUAAUGACAGAGGCCACAUCAGAGUUUUAUCAUGCCCACUGUUUUUCAUUCUUGUAACUUGAGUAGAUUUCUCUUUUCUCAUUCUUCAAUGCUAUAGUUAAAGAGCUGGAUGAUCAAUAAUCCAUAAUACCUGAAAUAAAAGGAGCACAUCUGCAGGGUAGGGCUUUACGCAAGAAUUGAGAACUGGGCCUCACAUUAAAAUCCAGGUAAAAUGUAUAGUUUAUCACCUGUUUUCUUUAUGCAGGAAGUUAUGGGAUUUAGUUUUAACUUAUGUUCAGCAAAGAAAAAUGACAAUUUUUGUUGGCAGAAUUUGGUGGCUUUGAAGGGUGGACAGCUGGAUGAUGGCAAGGUACAGUGUUUAAAAUAUGCUAAAUACAUCACGUACAGUAUAUUGCUAUAAUGCACCUUACUGCUAGCUCCAUCCUCAGCACCACGCUGGUUCUAAUCAAUGCUGGUUCUCUUGCUUUUCUGUCCAAACUGGAAAAACAACGCAGUCCACUGUAGGCAUUGUUUCCCCAAUCCUAAUUUGAAUUUGUUGGUUAUUACCUGACUUCAGCAGACAGAAAGCUCUUGUGCAUUAGAUAUGACCCAAAAAAAAUGUCAUUGAUGGAGUGUGAAAUGAUGGUGUGCACACCAAAAACACUCACAGCUUCAUUGACUGCACACACUUGUCUGCUUAGUGUAUAAGGUCCACCCCUAAGAAAGAGCUGACUCAUUCAGCUGUUUGUUAGUUAUUAAUAAAUGUGAAAACGUGAACCGUUCAUGGCCGGGGUCCGCUUUGUCAGGAUUGGGUAACAUGUUAUCGUAGUACGCUGCCUUAAAAUUAGGGCCUCAUACAGCCCAAUUUCAAAGACACUUAAGCAUCCCGUAAGAUUGGAAGUGGCUCUGGCCAAGCGCAACACAGACAUACCAGCCUCUCCAAAUCUGACAGCUUACAUUUUCCAUCUCAAACGUCAUACAAAAAAACCCAAACUAUGAAAUACUUAGUAACUGUUUCAUAGCGGGAUAUUUGCUGGGCAGCAGUCAAGUGCUGAAAUGUGGCUUUAUGCUUGUGUUUUUGCACUGAUUAAACAAACAGGUAUCCAUAUUUAUAUUAGUUUCCACUAAACAAUCAACUCAUAGGCUCAAGCUAAUGGAUUUUAUUUUCUUUGGAAACUUUUUUUGAGAGCCAUUUCCCUGUUUCCAGUCUUUUAAUGCUAAGCUAAGCUAACUUGCUAUAUGCUUGAGACACAUGUAUUAAAGUCAUAGUUAAAAUCAUGAAGCACAUUGCUCAAAAUAUCAAACUAUUCCUUAAUUUUUAGUACCAGGUUUCAUAUAUAUGCAGCGUGAAUAAAUAAAACAUAAUUUAUUUCCAUGCUAUAUUUUCAGUAAAAGUUGUAUAUUUGUACAUAUGUAAACAUGUUAGAGCACAGAAAAGGCUCAGUGUCAAAUAUCAGGUCAGGUUUAUAUGUAUAUUUGCUGGUGGUUCGGUGUCUCCUGUUAUUCUGUUGUAUUUAUUGUUUAGUUUUCUAGCUCUGUAUGAAUGUUUUAAAAACAAAUUUCUGAACAAGUAAGAGUAAAAUAUGGAUUUACUUUGCUACUA